GUUUUGAAAACAGGGGAGGAAAACGGACUACACAUACAGCCUUAAUUGACCAAAAGUAUUGGCAGAACUGUUUUACAUCGGAGGAAGGGCGAUAUAUGCUGGAAAACAAAAUCUCAAAGUGAUAGCUUUGACCCUUUGAAGCAGGUGGUUAUAUUAAACGUGUUAAGACCCGUAAGUGACGCCGGCAGCUAACCAAGUAAAAAGUACAAAAAUGCCCUUUGGACUUCUCCGCGGACUCGGAAGACCCAGUAGUUGAGCUUCUAACAGUAUAAGGAAAGUGUCAUCCAAAAAGAGGGGAUGGGCGUUGUCUUUGUGUGAGGUUUGAAUUGAGUCACCUUGGGCUCUGGGUCUGGGUUAACUGAGAAACCUCAAGCAAACCUGCGCCUUUAAGACUCAGUUGCUAUCCAAACACAAGUAAACAGAGUGGACCAUUAGCGGGCGCCCGGCGUGGAGGCGGAGCCUGGGUGCUGCGGCCCCGCUCCUCUGCAGGGCGCCCGCUGCGAGGGGAGGCGGGGCCGCUACUAAAGCCUUGGACUCCGGGCGGGGGGCAGCCUGGGGCGGGACGCGGGCUGGGACGGAGCUCAGCGCGCUCGCUGCCGGAGGGUGAUGGCCCUGCAGGGCUGCGGGCUCCGACUUUACCCGCAGUCCGCAGAGAGAAACUGGCCCACGCAGCGGGAUCUGGGCGAGCGCUGAGCACUCAUCCAGAGCACGCUUGAUUUUUACUCAUCCCGCUUCCACAGACUGCCGAAGACCAAGUACCGCUGUCGCUUUCGCUCCCCCAGAUCAUGUCCUCGGUUCCCGGGACAGCGCGCCGAAAAAGAAGUUCACCCAGUUUGGACCUCAUGACCUUUCCAAGCUGUGCGUCCUGCUGCCCGGACCUAGUCUGAACCGCGCUGCCCAGGCAGACAUCGGUUCUGGCGGGCUUCCUCAGCGUGCUGUUGUUUUGGGGGCUUUUCCCCCUCACACCCGCCGGCCUCUGAGACCUGGAAGAAAGGGGCGGCUCCCUGCACCCCUCCGGAGCCUUCAGGAAGAUGGGGAGCAAGGCCCUGCCAGCUCCCAUCCCACUGCACCCAUCGUUGCAGCUCACCAACUACUCCUUCCUGCAGGCAGUGAACACCUUCCCUGCCGCAGUGGACCACCUUCAGGGCCUGUACGGCCUCAGUGCUGUGCAGACCAUGCACAUGAACCACUGGACGCUGGGGUACCCCAAUGUGCACGAGAUCACCCGCUCUACCAUCACGGAAAUGGCAGCUGCGCAGGGCCUCGUGGACGCUCGCUUCCCCUUCCCCGCACUGCCCUUUGCCACUCACCUGUUCCACCCCAAGCAGGGGGCCAUUGCCCACGUCCUUCCAGCCCUACACAAGGACCGGCCCCGUUUUGACUUUGCCAACUUGGCGGUGGCCGCCACGCAAGAAGAUCCGCCUAAAAUGGGAGACCUGAGCAAGCUGAGCCCAGGGCUGGGAAGCCCCAUCUCGGGCCUCAGUAAACUGACUCCGGACAGAAAGCCCUCCCGAGGGAGAUUGCCCUCCAAAACGAAAAAGGAGUUUAUCUGCAAGUUUUGCGGCAGACAUUUUACCAAAUCAUACAAUUUGCUCAUUCACGAGAGGACCCACACGGACGAGAGGCCGUACACCUGUGACAUCUGCCACAAGGCUUUUCGGAGGCAAGAUCACCUACGGGAUCACAGGUAUAUCCAUUCCAAAGAAAAGCCCUUCAAAUGUCAGGAGUGCGGGAAAGGAUUUUGUCAGUCUAGAACCCUAGCAGUUCACAAAACUUUACACAUGCAGGAAUCUCCACACAAAUGUCCCACAUGUGGAAGAACCUUUAAUCAGAGAAGUAAUCUGAAAACUCACCUUCUCACCCAUACAGACAUCAAGCCCUACAGCUGCGAGCAGUGCGGCAAAGUGUUCAGGCGAAACUGUGAUCUGCGGCGGCACAGCCUGACUCACACCCCGCGGCAGAACUUCUAGCGAAGCCCAGGAUCUGUCCUGUGCGGUCCCGGCUCCCUCCCCCCAGACACCUCUCCACGCCUUCCACCCCAGGGGCCCACCCCCACCCUCGUUGACCCCAGCUCUUCCCCAGCCUGCAGCCGCACCUGCAGCUCCAGGGAGUUAACUGCUCUUCGGAGGACUGUGAACUCUCUAGAAAGCUACACACUACCCCCUUCCAAACCAGCAUGCGCUAGAUAGAUCCUCGUAGAUAUUCACAGCUCAUUUUAGAGCUCUGUACAUAAUGUCGUGGGUCUUCGUCCUGUCGUUCUAUCUAUUUUUGUAUCGUGUUGGAUGCACCUAGACAUGGAAAACAGAAACCAAAUUUAUCUUUAAAGACUGUAUUUUCAAAAUAAAACUUCUCUUGAUUCAG